GCGGGAUCCUCGUGCAUCGAAUAUACCUUGUUACAGAAUUUUGUUAUGGUCUAACAGUUUCCUGUCCGAUGUCGGUAGUCGUAUAAAUCGUGUUUAUUGGAACAGUAUACUAUACAGCGCAUGACUAGUUUACUUAGUACGAAGUCGGUCAAAUGAAAGUACGAAACUGAAACUCUGAAAAACCUCCCCAUUCCAACCAGUCUUACACAGAACAGAGAGAGAGAGAGAGAGAGAGAGAGAGAGAGAGAGAGAGGCGCAAAGAUGAAUGUCUUCAGGUUAGCGGGUGACAUGACCCAUCUCUUCAGCAUCAUCAUUCUCCUCCUCAAGAUUCGUACGAUGAAAUCUUGUGCUGGAAUUUCAUUGAAGACACAAGAACUAUAUGUUAUAGUUUUCCUUGCUCGGUAUCUUGACUUGUUUACUAAGUACUUCUCGUUAUACAACACUAUAAUGAAGCUGGUGUUUAUAGGCAUUUCAAUAAGUAUUGUGUGGUACAUGAGGUACCAUAAGGUGGUAAAACAGACUUACAGCAAGGACCAAGAUACCUUUCGACAUUACUUUCUUCUUCUUCCUUGCUUCUUAUUGGCUGUUGUGGUUCACCGUGCCUUCACUGUCACUGAGGUUUUGUGGACAUUUUCACUUUAUCUUGAAGCAGUUGCAAUCUUACCGCAAUUGGUAUUACUACAAAGUUCCAGAAAUAUAGAUAACUUGACAGGGAAUUAUGUCUUUCUGCUUGGUGCUUACCGAGCUCUAUAUCUGGUAAAUUGGGUUUACCGUUUCUUCACAGAGAAUCAUCAGGUCCGCUGGAUACCUUGGCUAUCAGGCCUGGUUCAGACAGCCCUUUAUGCCGACUUUUUCUACUACUAUAUAAAGAGCUGGAAGAACAACGAGAAAUUACAGCUUCCUGCUUGAAGAUGGUCAUUCUGAUUUAAUAACAAACAAAAACUAGGGAGUUUUUGGCAAAGGUUUUAGAUUUCUAGAGGUGGUUUUGUAUUUUGAUAAUAAUCUGAUUCUCUCCUGUUGAGCAAGAAACAAGAAUCAUAUAGUGGGUGAUACCCACCAAAUGAAUCAAAGUUUACUUACUGACUCA